AUGGACAAUAGUGUACGUAACCGUAAAAGAGCACUGAAGAAAAAUGAUGAGUCGAACGAUGUUGAAAUGGUUGACAACAGUUCUGAAGGUCCAAAGAAAGAGAAAAGGAAAUAUGAAGCUAAAGGAGAGAUGCGGAAGAUUCCAAUACCACCGCAUAGAUAUUCUCCACUUAAAGAAAAUUGGAUUAAAAUAUUAACACCGUUGGUUAAAAAUUUACAUUUACAAGUCAGAUUUAAUCUUAAGUCAAGAAACGUUGAGUUGAGAAAUGCUGACGAUUCGAAUGAUUUGACACAUUUACAGAAGGGUGCCGACUUUGUUCGCGCUUUCGCAUUAGGGUUUGAUAUAGAUGAUGCAAUGGCUUUGAUUCGCUUAGACCAUUUAUUUUUGGAAACAUUUGAAAUUAAUGACGUUAAACCAUUAAAAGGUGAUCACCUUUCUCGUGCGAUAGGUCGAAUUGCUGGAAAAGAUGGGAGGACAAAAUUUACAAUUGAGAAUAUUACCAAGACUCGAAUUGUACUAGCGGAUAGUAAAAUACAUUUGCUGGGUGCCUAUCAAAAUUUACGGAUUGCUCGGAGUGCCAUAUCGUCUCUUAUAAUGGGCAGUCCGCCAUCGAAGGUGUAUGGUAACCUACGAAAUCUUGCAAGUCGAGCCAGUGAACGUUUGUGA